AUGCCGGCGCUUUCAUGGGCUGAGCUGCUGGGUGAUGUAGAUGUCUCUCAUCGCAGCAUUUUAUCGGCUUCUCUCGCAUCCGCAGGCAACGCCACGAUUCCUGCCGACGAUGGUUUGAAAGUCAUUUGCGCAUGGCCCGUUUCUGGCCAAUAUGGCCCGGGAUCGAGAGUCUUAUACUACGUGCUCAUAGCAGCGUGCGUGUUUGCUCGAAAAGCUGAGUGGAUCAAAAAUGCUUGUUUGGCUGCAGCGCUGCUCUUCCCGGCUGUAGCCGCGGUGCAUGGUAUCGUCCUUGCAGCUCUGCAUCGAGACGAAGCCGUAGAUAUGGACGUAUACGGCGCCUUUCAGCUGUGCUCGAUUGCCAUUCUGGUCGCUCCAAUGACAGUCAGGCUGUCUGAGACUUACUUCAAUACCCGUGGCCGCAACACAAUCUUUUUAUGGGCAGGGUUGAUUCUUUCUGGACUCCUUAGCCUAUCCAUCGAAUUCUACCGAAUCCAAUCAUAUCCUUGUCAUCAGGAUGGCCAAGGAAAUCCAAUCUCUAACAAUCCCUCAAAAUUCCCUUAUGGCGAUGACACAAAAUGCGGACUGCGUUGCUCCGUGGGGGAUGGGCCGUCUUCUCCCAUGAGACAAGGGUCAGCAAACAACAUUUACGUGAUUCCCGCUCCUAGAAUACUCACAUUUGGCACUGCCACACUGCUAGCGGCGGGUUGCUGCGUCCAUACAAUUGUCUGGAUGGCGUCUAUGACAGACAAAGUAUUCGAAAGCAAGUGGAAGUCUCGCCUUCGCCUUGGUUUCGGGGCCGACGAUACCCCGGUUGAUGAACCAAUCUCAGGUACCAACGGCGCAACAAAAAAGACUAUGACGAGUGUAAACGGAAAAAUUCGUCUCUUCCUCUCCGUCGUGGCCGUUCCCGUGUUUGGGGGCGCCGGGCUUGCUAUCAUUAUAGUUGGAGAGAUUAAUUUUUUCAGCGGCCCAGUCUCUUACCAGGUCGAGCCUCUAGCAAGCAUUGGCCAGUGGGCGCCCAUUGUUGGAACAGGAUUAGCUGCCAUAGGCUCUCUUUACCUUGUUCUCGCAGCCGAUGUAGAAGCCGCCAAAGAAGGGAACGAUCCUCAUGUCGUUCAAGAGUGCAAAAGUUCCCAUCAGCACCUUGAAUAUCAAAGUCGACGCGAAUCUCCCGGUACGGAUUCUUCUUCUUCAACUGACCGAGAUGGCCAACCUCGGAGUUCUGGAGAAGUGGAUUCCCCAGAAACACCAGAGUCGGUCCAUUUCCCAGCAAUGAGGCAUACCGAUACAGGAUUCUCUACUGCAUCACCCCGUGCUCUUGACCGUAUGUCGACCAUGCAAACUGGCAUUUCAAAUGACGCAUCCACCAUUGGCCGGCAUAUUUCAGGUAGCACAGUGCAAACUUCCGCCGCAGACUCGGGCAAUAGACUAAAGGUUGCAAAGAUGCUUAUUUCUGUGGGCAACGCACUCGGUAACAAGGCGCAUACCUGGGUCGAUGAUCAGGAUAAAUCAGGCAAGGCCCUCGAUUUUCCAGAGCUUCCUGGAGAGGAAUGGAGAAACAAAGAACUGCUAAGAAUUCGGCAUGCGUACAACGUCCCUCGAGACGCAGAUGGUAAUACUACUCCCUUACCACGCUCUCGUUCCCGAGCGGGCAGCUAUCGAGGCAUAUCACCUCGGCCAGACUUAUCGCUCUCCCGUUCUCAUUCCAUCGUUCGACCUUCUCCCUCCCCUUCACGACAGUAUCGGGCAAGCACUUUGCCAGGAGGAUAUUCACAUGGGCCUCCGAACAAUAGUCCACCUCUAUCACCUGCUCAAACCAGAGGAAGGCAGAGGAUGAGAAGUGACACUCUUGAAGUUCCUACAGUGAGCCAUUACAACACCUUGAAUAUUCACUGCCCCGAAACAACUACACCGAUAAUAGCAAUGAGUGGAGGUCGAAGCCUACCCCCCAGCCCAAGCGACAAUGGUGAUGGCGGUGGAGGCCAUGAAGAGCCUCCUCUUGCUAUGGAAGCUGCUGUCUCACCUCCCGUUUGUCAAUCGCAAGAGCAGGCAGGCACUCCACCUCCAACAUGA